AGGAUCCUGUCAGCUCACCCAUUCGGUGACUCGAUUUUUCACGAUAUUACUAAGCUCACGUGAUCAAUUCCGUCCGGGCACCCGAAGCGGCGAGAGGCCAGAGACCGUGACCAUGGUGUACAUAUCUGAGAAUGGAACGGUAGGUGGCUCAUCUAACACUUGGAGUUUGGCAGUUAUACCAAAUAUCUUCUGGGGAAUUAUUAAUUUCAUCGUUUUGUUCUUCCAAACUAUGAUUCAGCCGGAUUUGACGAAACAUGGCCGAGGCUAUGAAUCAAGCUAUAAGCCGGGUAGCAGCAGCAGAGGAGGUGGAGGAGGAGGAGGAGGAGGAGGAGGAGGAGGAGGCCCUGGACGGAGAAUGGGCGGGUUUAGACGGGCAACAGGUCCCGCUGGACCGCCACCAAUGGCAGGAGGAUGAGGUCGGUAAAUGGCCGGUAGAUGGCGCCACAGGCACUAUCUUCGGCCCAGCCUUGCGCACCCAGCAUAUCCUACCAGUGCAAUUCCUAUGUAAAAACCGUUUUUAAUUUAUAUGAUGGACAUUAGGCAGGAAGGAAAAGAAUUAUUGAUUUAGGAUUAGAAAGAUUUAAACCUAUUAGAUAAUAAAUGCACCACUUAACGUGUGCCCAUCCCGUGCUGUUCUGAUUCUGAAUAGUUAUAAUUAGUAAAUGCUGGGUGAUUGCAUGUUGGUAACUGUGUGAUGCCUAGGGUGCUCACUCUCACCCUAUAUGAAGCUGUCUUUGCUAAACCCCUACUGGGGAGCAACAGCAGCUGAUGAAAGGUGUCGUACAUUCCUAAUCACGUCCCGUUCACGUUGUUAUGGUGGUUUAAAGAGAAGCGGUUAAGAAGCACAUGCGCUGUGAAGUAUUUGUAGGUUUAGGUCAACUUUAACAUGUAAAACGUUUCCUUGUGUGGAUGAAAGAGAUUGGGUAGAGGGCAUUAAA